GGUAGUUAAUGAUUUCGGUCACAAGACCUGUACUAUAGUAUAUGUGUUCUUUGCCAACGUCAGUAUAAUCUUCUUAGAUCAGCGAGGAACUGUGGUUGUGCAUUUGGCUGGUACCAGUGCCAUUUUCUCAAGCUUGAUCAUUUUGGCAACCAGACAAUCUCUACUCUCUACGACUUCACGAACCCGACGCCAGCUUUCCUUCUCAAGACUUUACCGGGCCGGUUGCUAAGAUACAAAUUCAACGCAAUGGUGUCGGCGCCGUCAACUUCAAAAUCACCCACCCAGCCCAAACCAUGGUACCGAGUCAUCACGCUGGACCUCCUAUUGCUGAUCCUGGCCAACUCGGUCUUCCAUCCGUACAUCAGCUUCAUAUUCUACCUGUGUAUUGCGGCGAUGCAUAAACACCGCGAGCCGAUCGCUUAUUAUACGCUCUGGUACACAGCGUUCUUGGGCGUGGUGGAGGUGGCAGUCUGGGCGAAUCAGCGAUUCACGUACGGCCGUCACAGGAAAGUCGAAUGGGAGAACGAGGUCGUUGUCAUUACGGGCGGAGGAUCCGGAUUGGGCAGGGUGCUAGCGGAAAUGCUUCUACGAAAAGGCGUGAGGGUCGCAGUGCUGGAUGUCAGAGAACCUGACGAGGAGGCACGCGAGACCAUGGAACGGUGGGAUCUGGUCUGGGAGGUGGUUGAUGUGAGUAAGAUGGAGGAUGUAAAGGCGGCCGUGGAGAGGAUUGUCACUGAGCUCGGCGCGCCAUCGAUCCUGAUCAACAACGCAGCAACGGGCGUCGCAGGUCUGCCUCUACUGACGUCGUCUCAAAACCCAGCAGCAGCAACUCUCUCGCCGGAUAAAGCCAGCAGGACCAUGACGAUCAACGCCCUAUCGCACUUCAACACGCUCUCGAUCCUGUUGCCCUACCUGACGUCCUCCAAAACAGGAGCGCACAUCGUCACCAUCUCCUCGAUCCUGGCACAUCUAUCGCCAGCCUCGUUGGCAGACUACACGGCCUCCAAAGCCGCCGUGUCAUCGCUCCAUCAGACCCUCUGCCACGAACUCCGCUGUCAUCCCGACCCGAGUGUUUUCGCCAAAGUCAAAACACUCCUCGUCGAGCCGGGCCAACUGGACACGCAGCUGUUCGCGGAUAUCACGUCCGUCCCGUUCUACGCGCAUUUCUUCGGCCCUGUGCUGGCGGCGCAGGACGUGGCAAAGGAGAUCAUUCGGACGAUUGAGCGGGGCGAUGGAGGUGUCAUUCGCAUGCCGUUUUAUGCAAAGUGUAUGCCCUUUUUCAAUGUGUUGCCCGGAACGGUGCAGUUGGGCAUGCGGUGGUUCAGCGGGAUUGAUCGAGCGAUUGUUUUGGAGAACAAGGAGGCGUAGAUGGAAAUGUAGGUGGUGGUGUCAUGGGUAUCUUGAUAAAAUCUAGUUGUACAAAUAUUGAAGAGUGCGCG